AUGUAUCAACAAAUCAAAUCCGACAUUGAAAACCAAGUCAAUGUCUUCUGUACCAAGCAGAAUCAUCACAAAAAAGUCUACCAAUCUGUGGUUGAGAAGCAGUUCAAGCAGAAACAGAUGCAGGAGGGAUACGUUACCAAAGCGCGAGAGAAAUAUGAACAGGAUUGCAUGAAGAUCAAUUCAUACACCGCACAGUCGUCGUUAGUUCAGGGGAAAGACUUGGAGAAGAUCACAUUGAAGUCGGAGAAGGCUCAACAAACAGUACAGCAGAAUGAACGAGAUUUUGCUAACUUUGCGAGGGCAUUCCAAGACACGGCUGCCAAAUGGGAAACAGAUUGGAAGACCUUCUGUGAUACGUGUCAAGACCUAGAGGAGGACAGAAUGGAGUUCAUGAGGGAUAAUAUGUGGGCUUAUGCCAAUUCUAUCUCUACCGUUUGUGUUGCCGACGACGAGUCAUGCGAGAGAAUACGCGUGUCGCUCGAACAAGUCGACUACGAGAAGGAAAUGGAAAACUUUGUCAGAGACUUUGGAACAGGAAACCAGAUCCAAGCACCACCCCAGUUCGUUGAUUUUAACCGAGCUAAUGCCCAAACUUCAAUGCACUCGACUCUACGACCGGCGAACUUCGUUCGCUCCUCUCACAGGACAUCUUCAUCUCUCCACAAUAGCCCCAGUCCCAUGGCAUCAGGUCAAGCGCUUUCCUCUGAGUCUGAAGAGGAAGCCUUCGUCAAUAAUGCAGGUAGAGGUGCUGGCAACCGUAACUCGCAGUCCGCGAUGGAUACAGUCCUCGGUCGUCAACCCAGCCGUGGAGGUGGACAACAGCAACGGUAUUAA